UUCAAAUUGCCUCAUGACCACUUUUGGUAAAACCUCGAGUGUUCCGCGCCCGGGUUUAGCAAAGUACUUAGGGCUCGACCACGCCGAUUGAAACGCCCCAGUUUUCUGCGACUGUCGUAACCAACAUGGCGGCCGUGGAUCUCAGAGAUAAUCUGCUGGGUAUUUCGUGGGUGGACAGCAGCUGGGUUCCGAUGCUGAACUCGGGGAACGUGCUGGACUAUUUCUCAGAAAGAAGUAACCCGUUUUACGACAGAACCUGCAACAAUGAGGUGGUGAAGAUGCAGAGACUGACUCUGGACCACCUCAAGCAAAUGGUUGGUGUGGAGUAUAUUCUACUGCAUGCCCAGGAGCCGAUUCUCUACAUCAUCAGGAAGCAGCAGAGACAGUCACCUGCACAAUUGGUUCCUAUAGCUGAUUAUUACAUCAUCGCCGGGGUGGUGUAUCAGGCUCCGGAUCUCGGGUCUGUCAUCAGCUCCAGAGUGUUGUCAGCAGUUCAUGGGAUCCAGUCAGCAUUUGAUGAGUCAAUGUCAUUCUGCCGCUAUCAUCCAUCAAAGGGCUACUGGUGGCAUUUUAAAGAUCAGGAGGAAAGAGAGAAAGUAAAGCCAAAGCAGAAAAAGAAAGAAGAGCCGAGUUCACUGUUCCAGAGACAGAGAGUGGAUGCACUGCUGCUUGACCUAAGGAGUAAAUUCCCUCCCAUGUUCUACCAGCCUAAACCAGGAGAGAAGCCAGUUCCAGUGGAGGUGAAAAAGGAGGCAGAGGUUCCAGCAGAAGCAGCAAAACAGGAAGAUCGUGAAGUAGCCAUUAAACCUCCCGCAGCUUCAGGAACCACUAAACCUCCACCUGAGAAACGAGCACGGCUGCAGUGACGCACACGCAAUGCACAAUGCAAUGUUAAUGCUGUAUUAAAAGCUCAUGGUGAGCAUUUCAUUCUUCACCAAAAUCUUCCUUUAGGUCUACUGCAUUUUCUCUCUUGACCAUACAACUACCCUACUUUUUUCUCUCUUGUUUAUUUUGUACAUUUUUUUUUCGUGUAAAUAGUUUUUCUUUAUAUGUGCAAACUUUUGUACAAGUUCUAUCAUCGUAGUGAACAGAAGCUAAUACCUGUCAUUGCACCUGAGUGCUAAUAGCUGGAUGUGUUCUUUUAUAAAUAAAUCUUUUGAAUAGACUGUUAAAAUGAACAAAAUGAUAAAUUAUGGUUGUAAUUUGUUGAAUAAAUAAUGUGCUGUAGGAUCCACUGUUGUAAAUAAACACUUGCCAUGGUCUAUUAAAUGUGCUUUUUAGAGCA